UUUGUGUCAGCAUCAGGAAGUGUCUGUGUGGUUUGUAAGGCAGUGUCUAUCACUGCACAUCUCAUAUGGUGAGAGUGUAAGCAAACCGGAGAAAGAUGUCUGGAACACGGUCCCUUUGCUGCCAUGUCAACACGGCUACCCGCGCCUCUGCCAUCUUCUACUUGAUAUUUAAUCUGCUGGUGGCUGUGGAUUUGGCUGUUGGAAUAAUCCGAGAGAAAGAUCCAAUCACUGUCUCCUAUACUGAAAUGAAACUUGAAAUGAGCACCAACUUCAUUUCCCUGGCUCUUAUGUCAUUCUCCAGUGUGAUGGUUAUGAUGUCUCACCGUAAGGGGCCAAUGUGUGUGAUGCCGUUUGCGAUGUUCAUGUUCCUUGAUGUGGGUCUGAGUCUUCUUUCCCUGUUUGAUGCUCGAUUCGGACUUCCUGGCACUCCCACAUAUGGAGAUGCUCUGCGGCUGGCUUCGAAUCUAAAAGGCGGGAUCAAGUUGAACGGAGAGGAGCUGAACCAAGCCACCUUGAUAUUCGGAGUCCUCUUCGUGAUGUACAUUCUGCUGAAGGUAUACAUGUUCCAGGUGUCUGUUCGCUAUUACUAUGCACUGAAGGAACAGCGUAGGUCAGCACCAAAGAACUCUGUGGUGGCGAAACUGCCCUCCUAUGACGAGGCUCUGAAAAUGAAACCCGAGGCCACGCUCCCUAAAUAUCAGGAGCCUUAAGACAUAAAUCAAGCACACAGUCUUUUCUCAUGCACUUCGCUCUGUGCACUUGCAGAUGCACACCUGUAUAACAACAACAUGCACAAUGGCACGUAAUUAUACACAAAUAAAAAUACACAAAUUCAUAUUCAUAGCUAUGAAGCUUAAUAUGCACAAGCCAGCUUUUAUUAUUAUUAUUAUUAUUAUUAUUAUUUUUGCUUUAAACCAGAAUUAUUUUAAUUUUUAUUGCCAUACACAUUUAUAUUUUGAGGAUCUGGUAAUGAAUCUUCCAAAAUCCUGACCUGUGGAUCUCAAAGAUAAAUGAAUAUAGAGAAUGAAAUGUACUUAUUAAUAAGUAAAGUUAAGAAGUUAAUAUAAAUAAAUAACUUUUAACUGUCUACAUUAUUAUACAUUAAUAUAAAUUAAUGUAUAAUAAUGUAGACAGUUAAAAGUUGUCAAAAUAUUGAAGUACUAUUCCAGAGUUGGUUCA